AUGUCUCCUACCGCAGCAUACCCUGUGUCAACCCUCCUUGCCGGAUCUACUCUUCAAGACCUGGCCAAGCGUGAUGGCGACAUCCCACUGGCAAACAAUUAUGCUCUGGUCUGCGAAGACAAGCCUGGGACGGAGCUCUGUCGGAAGUCACCUUACCUCUAUUACUGCAAAGACUCCGGUCGAUUGGCAAGAUAUUCCAGCGGCAUGGAUGUUCUGUUUUGCUCCAAAAACUGUCAAUGCAUCAACCUGUCUCCUAAGACAUGCAUCGACCGCCUUUUUAUCAAAGCUCACUGUUACGUCGCAGAUGGCAUUGCUCGUACUGUCAAUGGUACCUCCCUUGGCUCUGUUGAAGACGCUGAGAUCCUUCCUGAUGGUACCUUGGACUUCUCCCAGCCAGAAAUUUCCACCGUCUCGGAUGGGCAGCCAGAAGUUUCCACCGUCUCGGAUGGCUCACACGCAGUUGCGAAGCGUGACUCUGCAGCUGCGGAACACUCGUACGCGCUGGUUUGCGGAAACAGAGACUGGACAUCGAUCUGCCAAAAGAGCUCUUACGGAUAUUACUGCACCUCAAAUGGAGCCCUACGCAACACAGGGAAAGAAGUCUCAUUUUGUGAGGAAGCCUGUGAAUGCGUCGACCUGAAUCCAAAACCCAAGUGCAUUCUCAGUCCGUAUAUUGCGGCGGUCUGCUCGGUGAAGGAUGAGGUGGCUUACAACGACGAGGGCCAGAUUCUUGGUCAUAUCGCCGAUGCCUCGAUUUAUCCAAAUGGCACCAUCGAUUUCACAUCGUCCACAAUUGCUUCUAGAGAUGUGGAUAACGCCGGUGACUGGGUUUUGCUGUGUUAUAAUCCGCACCACACUCGCACUUGCAACAGCUCGCCUUUUCGCUACGCUUGCAACAAGAACAACUUUACGUCGACGGCCCAAGACCCGGUCUGUGACGAGAUCUGCAAAUGUUCAGCCAGCAGUUCCAUGUACAAAUGCAUCAGCAGAGAAAAUUUCCAGACCCGAUGCCAUAUUGAAGAGGACAAGGUUUACGAGAUAAAUGGAACACUCAUGGGGAACCUUCUUGGUCAUCUCGACGAUGCGGUUAUACAACCAGAUUCCACCAUCGACUUCUCCGCCGACACUGGCAAGAUAGCUGCGACAAAGGACCUCUCUGAAGCUGUGGUACAGCACCAGAGUAUCGUUGACAUCUCGGCGACACCAGUGAAGCGAGCUGAUGAACACAAGGACCAUUGGGUCCUAUUCUGCGGAAAUAGACCACGUACCGUCACCUGUGGUUCGUCGCCAAUCAGCUACGGUUGCAAUCAGAGCCUUGUCGUGCACCCCCAAAAGGAGGAUGACUUUGUCUGCGAUCAAAACUGUCAUUGCAUCAACCAGUGGCCCUACCAGCCAUGCACUACCAAAUCCAAUAACGCUUUCUGCGCAGUCCAAGAUGGCAUUGUCUUCAACCCGAAUGGAACCGUCCUGGGUCUCCUUGCAGAAGCCUACGUUCAUCCAAAUGGGACUUUGGACUUCUCUCAGCUUCCUGUGAAACGAGAAGUGGCAUCACGAUCCUCUGAACUUUUCCACAUGCAUUGUUUGGGAUAUGAUGGGACGGAAGACGAUUCUCUGACUGAGUUUUGCACCGACAAUGGUUACGUUUGUCGUGCAGGUCUAGAUGACGCGCUCGUUCAUUUGCAACAUGGUUCGCAAUAUCUGGAGCAAUGCUCAAGCCAAUGCCAUUGUCCAAGACCGUUCAGCCAUAGGUCUACGAUGCCCAUUGACGAACGCUCCGACUUUUCACAAUAUUCCACAAGUGAGAUCGAAGUGAUGGAGUCGAACAUUACUGCUCCACCAAGUGGUGUGCCAAGUCAAUAUUCGGAUAUCUACCAGCUCGACUGCGGCAAUCGACGGGAUGGACCUGUGUUUUGCUCAUCCAGUGAUCUGGGUUACUUUUGCCUGAGUAAUGGUACAGUGGCGAGAUCUUCUACUGAGGAUAACGAAGCGGUGACCUGGUGCGACUUUUACUGCAAAUGCAUUUUCCGCCAUCCGGUCCCCUGCGUGAACGAAUGGAACAUUCCCCUUUGCCAGGAACUGAGCGAUGGUACUAUCCGUGACGCAUCGAACCUCUCGACUGUCAUCGGAACCAUUAACAGUGCCUGGGUCAUGCCGAACGGGUCUUUGUUGCUAGAUCGCGGCAUGCCUUAUGUGGCGGAAAAUACCAAUGUCACGCAGGCGAAGCCACCAGCCAACUGA